AUGAAAAGCCUCCCAGCAACUCUGGCAGUUGUCGCUGCCCUCGCUUCAACUACUUGCGCCCACUGGACAUACGACCGCAUAAUCGUCAACGACCAAGUCAUCGGCGAACCCUGGCAAUACGUCCGCCACCACUCCAACGGCAACAACUUCCUCUCAGACGUGACAUCCACCGACAUGAGAUGUAACAUCGACGGCCUCCUCUCUGGCGUUAAUACCUCAACUUACCCCGUGAACGCAGGCGACAGACUCGGCUUCACCAUCAAGGACACUUUCGGACACCCCGGACCCCAGCAAGUGUACAUAUCGAAGGCCCCUGCAGAUGUGAAAGACUACGAUGGCUCGGGAGACUGGUCGAAGAUAUACACGCUGUCUGACUGCCGAGCAAAGGACUGCGGCACGGGCGACGGCGUCGUGAAGUGGGCGACGUACCGAGCGCAGACGUUCAACUUCAAAUUGCCGGCGGAGCUUCCAGCUGGGGAGUACUUGCUGCGUGCGGAGGGUAUUGCCAUUCAUGCGGCACAGAAGAUCAAGGGUGCGCAAUUUUACGUCGCGUGCGCGCAGAUCAGGGUGUCGAGUAAUGGUACUGGAGUGCCGGGACCGACGAUUAAGUUCCCUGGAGGGUACACUGCGAACUCGACUGGGAUCCUCAUACCGCAGAUCUGGAGUCAGAUCACGAAUUAUACGAGUCCUGGGCCGAAGCUGUGGCCGGAGGGAACGGAAGAGGCGCAUGUGCUUGAUGGGAAAGUGAAGCAGUCGGAUUGA